GAGGUCGCUUGCAUCUGGAGAGACGGGAGAUUGCAAGUCUGAAGAAUGGACUGCAGAAGGGCAUAGAAACUCUUGAUAUUGCGAUCAACAUGGCAACACUUCGAAGCACCCGGCAAAAUCAGGAUGCGCUGCGGACUCUGGAAAGAAGAAUUGUCACAUCGAUGAGUGAGUUUGCCGGUGAGAUACAAGGCCUGCAGAUGGCAAUACAAUCCUUGCCGUCUCCCUCUGAGAGCUCCAGCAUCACCCGGACGGAUGUUGAUCAGGUGGUAAGUCUGUUAAAACGGCAAAUUGACCUGAUACAACAGAGCUUGAGGGUUUGCGACAGCGGGCUGAGGGAGACCUCGAGAAGUACUGGAACGACGGUGGCGAAUGCCAGAGUGCUUGAUAAAGCCCGUCAGCUCAUUGGAAACAUUGGAAGUGAUGUUCGACUUGGGCCUCACACACUACCGGUGAAUAUCAGUCAUGCGGAGGCUAGGGACAAUGCAUAUCAUGGGGUGGGAAACAUCUCCGAUGCGGCGUUGGAGGCGUUCUUGAGAUAGUAAAGCCUGAGCGAACUUCGUUGUGCCUGAAAGGAGGUAAUGAGAAGUGAGUUUCAAAUAUAUCGUGGAUAAGCAAGAGUG